AUGCAGCAUACAUUCGCGCCGACCAAUGGGAUCGAGGGGAGCGACUUCAGCCCGGCAACAGGUUCUGGGCGCGUGAUGGCCCGAUCAAUACGAGCCCGCGCCGUCGCGUCAGACUACGCGAUUCCACUCCGGUGCUACGCCCGUGCCGGUUUCGUUCGCUUUAGGCAUAUCCACUUUUCGAUAGCAGAAGUGGAUAUCGCAAUGGCAACUAGGUUUCAUAAUACGAGGUUUUCUCACAUUCAAAAAUAA